CACCACAUCCACAACCACCACAUCAGCAUGGCCGCCGCACUCACUGGACAUGGCCGCCGGUUACUGCUACGUCAUCUGCACCGAGCCAACCACCUUCGCCCCACCAGCGAGUUCACCCUCACCCUCACCAGCGCCAUCUUCCUCCGGCACUCGACGGGUAGCGCUUCUACCUCCGGAUCGCCCGUAUCGCCCGUAUCGCCCGCGCCCGCCAAACCACGCACCGCGGGCUUACUCGCAGCGAGUGACCACCGCAUAUCCUGCCUAUCCAUACCGGAGGGGCAAGCCGGCGGCGACCUCCGCUUCCCGUUGGCGGGCGCGCAUGACUUCCGCGCGCUGCGCGCGGAGUCGCUGACGUUCUUUGAUAAGACAAGAUAUAUACCGCUGCUCACUCCCUCCCCGGCGGCGGAAAAGGAGCCGGGAAAGGAGUCGGGAAAGGAGCCGGAAAAGGGCGCUGAGGAGCCGGAAAAGGGCGCUCGUGUUAAGCUGUUGUGUCGGCCGGACAAUUUUGGGAAGUCGCUGACGAAAAGCAUGAUGGCUGCGUUUCACGCGGUGGAGCAUAAGCCGCAGUUCGAUGAGGUCUUUGGGGGGCUGGAUGUUGCUGCCGCGGUGAAGAAGGGGGAGGUCGAGAAUGGACGGUAUCUAGUGCUGGAGUUGGACUUUGAGCGUGCGGGCAGGGGCGUCGAGGCUACGGCGGAGAGGUUUGGCGAGUACGUUAAUGGCGAGAUCAAGGCGUUCGUGGAGCGCUAUCGGCGCUGGGGAAUGAAGCUCGAGGUCGAAGGGUGCGAUUUCGAGAAUCAUGGGAAGAUCGCGGAUAAUCUGAAGGAAGUCGUUCGGCAGGUCUGCCGAGAACUCGAGGCGGUCAAGGCCGGUAAGAACGAGGAGAGCCCGCUUUACAAUGUCCGCGGUAUCUUCGUUAUGAUCGACGACUUCGACGCCCCUGCGCGCGACAUCCUCCUCACCGAGAGCAAAGAGACCUGGGCCGCAGCCAAACCCAACCUCGCCAGCGCUUACACCUCGCUCUUCCAGGCGAUCGCGGCGGGCAUGCAACCCAACGGCGAUGGCAUAUCGCAAGUGUACAUGACGGGGCUCGCGCCGCUCCUUCUGAGCCACGAAGCAUUCAGCACAUUCGACGAUGUCGGCAUCACGAACCUGUCGUUCAACCACCGAUUCUUCGGGCUGUGCGGCUUGACCGGCGGCGAUGUAAACCACGCCCUGUGCGUCAUCAAUAAGGAAAACGACUCGGCCCAGCGCUUGUUCAGCCAAUUGAAGUUCCGCGCGAAUAACUACCACUUCACCAUGGAAAAGAAAGUCCUGAAAACUUACAACACCCUCACGAUUACUAAAUACCUAACCGCAGUCGCGCAAAAAGCGACAGAAGACACGGAGCCCACCGCGCCCGACACCAGCUCGCCGUACCUCUCUCCGCUGAUCCAGCACGUGUGCAGCAUCGAACCCGCGGUGUUCGAGGAGCUAAAGGCCGCGCUCAUCCUGUGGCAGAUCAAGAAGCGCGUGCGCUACAGCGAGUCUCAUUUCCCGAGCCUUAUCACACCGGGGGACCUACUGUCCACAGACGAAAAGGGCGUGCAUGCGUGGCGGCUACUGCUGCUAUACCAGGGCGUCUUCCGCUACGACUCGCAGUACCCGCGGAAGUUCCUCGCGCUAGGGAAUGGCGCGAGGUUUGGCGACGAGUUGAGAGCAAGGUUUGGCGAGGAUGUGGGCAAGCCGAGAGAUGAGACGGGCUUUGUAAAGACUAUCGGUAUGGCCGCGGAGAAGAAGAGGUCCAGGUGGGAGAAGAGGGUGGCGGCGAGGGCGGCGGCGGCCGAGGCCGGCGUGGGUAAUGACGGGGCCAAAGUUGGCAAAGACGAGGCCAGCGGUAGCAAAGACGAAGUCACCGGCAGCAAAGACGAGGCCAGCGGUAGCAAAGACGAAGUCACCGGCAGCAAAGACGAGGCCAGCGGCAGCAAAGAUGAGGCCAGCGUUAUCACAGAUGAAAUCACCGUCAGCAAAGACGAAGCCUCUAUUAGCACAGACGAAGUCACCAUCAGCACAGACGAGCCCGGCGUUACCAGCGCUACCAAAGAUAACUAAUGUAUAUGAAGGCGCCAUUAUGGGAGACGACGAUCACCUCUCAUGAACUGAAUUUUUUUUACAUACUUGCGGAAGACGGAAAGGAAAUAGAAAUGUAGAAGAUGGAUGCGUUGGCUACCUACUUAAGAGGUAUGUACUUAGUAUGUAGGAUGUAUGAUAGUAGGAUGUAUGAUGUAUGUGUGAUAGAUAUGAUUGGGGGUGCCGUUGAGCCAAGUCAAGAGCUUGUUUGAGUAUCUUUGCAGUCGAACUUGUUGAUUAGGUCAUGGCAUAGCGAGAUGUGUGUACAUAUCAUCCAGCUACAUAUCGGAAAUGAAGAGUGUAGAG